AUGAGUAGCAAGUUUGAUUCCACAGGUUUUUCUAAAGAAUUGGAACAUUACUUUGGGAAGAGUGUCUUUGGUAAUAAAGAAAUCGAAACUGAGAAGCCUGAUGAGAAGGAGACCAAGGAAACUGUUCCGGUAAGUUUGGAGACACAUUAUUCUGGUUUACUGAUUUUUGAGUUUUUAAAGGGAAUUUUGUCGUUGACGAUAUUGUUUUAGACAUGUUUAACCACAAAGACUCUUGACGACAAGGAAUUGGAACAUUAUUUUGGGAACCUUAGCAAAAACACAGAAGCAGAGAAGCCUAAGGCUACAAUAGAAGGAGAUAAGGGUUUGGAAUAUUAUUUUGGGAAAUGUGGCAAGGAAUCUGAAACAGCGAAGGCUUCUGCUGCAGCUGAAGUGAAGGAUUUGGAAUACUAUUUCGGGAAAUGCGGCAAGGAAACAGAAUCAGCUAAGGCUUCAGCUGAGGUGAAAGAUUUGGAAUAUUAUUUUGGGAAAUGUGUCUUUGGUGACAAAGAAACAGAAACUAAGAAGCCUGAGGUGAAGCAGGUAAAGAAACCCGUCUCGGUAAGUAGUUGAGACAUUUACUUUAUUAUUUUACUGAUUCAUCAUAAAUUUUUUAUUGUCAUCACUAUUUUUUAGGUAUUGGUGCCAGUUCAUCUCUCGUUCAGUACGACACACACUAUGGAUUCUAAAGAAGUGGUAGUGCAGUGUGAAGAAGGAGUCAAGUUGUACAAGGUGUUGCAUUCAAUAGUCGAGAAUCAACCGCCAUUCGACUUCAGGUACAGAGUUGUUGCGGUACUUAACACUCGGCCCAAUAUGAAGGGAGCUAGUACAAAUGUGGAUUGGAGGAAGAAGCACGUCCAUAAAGGCGACGGCUAUGAUGUUAUUGUAAAGAAGCUCUUCACCCCUAAGGUCAACCCUGUUCAAGAGGACUUGACUGCAGUGCUGCAUGUCAGUUUAGAUGUUGAUUCGAAGAAGGAAUAG